AUGGCUAGAGAAAGUGUUCAAUCUCGAAUUUCUGAUUACAAGGAACGAGUCCGCAAUCUCGAUUUUGUGAGCCGCUCAGAGGAUCGAGUUUAUUACGAUCUUGUUGAUUUACCCGCUGCGUUGACUCAUGAGAUUUUCGAAAGACACCAUGGGAUAUUUGACGAGCGGAAAACGUUCGUUCGGCAUUGGUCCGAUCUCAUUUCUGGUACGUGGGCUAGCAGUCUCGAAACCAAAAUCAGAAAAGCUGUGAGUGAGCGAUACCCCGUCGUGGCCGAGCCCCAAAGUUCUGCAGAUUCACGACAUGAACUACCCUCCUUGGUUGUGAUGGUUCGAGGUGCCAAAAAGAAGCACUUUCAAACCCUUGGAGACGACGGGACCUACCAGUUUGUUUCCCAUGGUCAUAUACUCCAAGUGUCUGCAAAGGAGCGCGACAUUAUCCUCAGCUUGCCUCAAUCCCUUUUCGAGCCCGAUGACCAAGACCUAGCCCGAGAAAAACAGAGUAUAGAGUCUGUUUUGACAGAUACGCGGAUGAGAACGGAAGAAGUGCAGAAGGAAAUUGCAGUAGUCGACCGCGGGCACCAACUCAUUACUAAACUCGAAGAACGCCAUUCGGAUAUUUGCAAGUACGAAGAUGAUUUAUCUGCAUCUCCUGGACUCAACGUGCCGUCCGAAUCUGCAGUACCUCCUGAAGCUGCAGUACCUCCUGAACCAGAUGUUCCAUCAAACCAACCACAAAUCCGAGAAGAUUCCCUUGCAAACUCUUGCCUGUUUGACCCAAGAGGGGACAUAGAACAUGAAAGCCCCGAAAAAGCCGGUACCAUUGUUGCCGAUGCCUUGACUCCACCAAAUCCGCACGAAGAACCUACCUUGGGUCCAGCUGCAAACAUCUCUACAACGGGCACGUCUUCUGUCAUCCCUUUGAGAGAAGUCGAAGGAAACACAGAAAGAGGAAACAGAAAAAGCGUAGGCACAAGGAAUGCCAAAAAGCUGACAACAGGAUCAACUUACCGUGACGUGCCGAGCGCAGACUCCGAUCCCUUCAACAACUUUAGCGACUCAACAGAGGCUGGAGAAGAUACUCCACCAAUGUCUUUGCCUGGUUCGAUCCGAGCCCAACGGACCGGAGGAGCGUUUGGAGCCCCUCAUGCUAGCCCAGGCCAGCAUCGUCUCAACGGGACCUCAUCUGCUCGAUUGAAUGUUGAGGUUUUGGCAGACGGUCAGUCGGACACCUUGCAUUAG